AUGUCGGAAGAGCGGGAAAUUCCUGCCGAGGAUAGCAUUAGAGUGGUGUGCCGUUUUCGUCCGCUGAAUGACAGUGAGGAACGAGCCGGAUCGAAGUGUAUAGUUAAAUUUCCUUCUGGACCAGAGGAGAACUGUUUCUCCGUAGGUGGCAAAGUGUAUCUGUUCGAUAAAGUGUUUAAACCGAGUGCCACCCAAGAGAAGGUCUACAACGAGGCAGCCAAGUCAAUCGUUUCUGACGUCCUAGCCGGUUACAAUGGUACUAUCUUCGCCUACGGGCAGACAUCCUCCGGUAAAACACACACCAUGGAGGGAGUCACCGGUGAUCCCAUCAAGCAGGGCAUCAUUCCACGUAUUGUUGACGAUAUUUUCAACCACAUCUACAGUAUGGAGGUUAAUCUAGAGUUUCACAUCAAGGUUUCUUACUACGAAAUUUACUUGGACAAAAUUCGAGAUCUACUGGACGUCUCCAAAGUUAACCUGAGUGUGCACGAGGACAAAAACCGGGUACCGUACGUGAAGGGAGUAACAGAACGAUUCGUGUCCAGUCCCGAGGAUGUUUUCGAGGUGAUCGAGCAGGGUAAAUCCAAUCGGCACAUAGCAGUAACCAACAUGAACGAACAUUCGUCGCGAUCGCACUCAGUAUUUCUUAUCAAUGUGAAACAAGAAAAUCUAGAAAAUCAGAAAAAGCUUUCUGGUAAACUAUACCUGGUGGAUUUGGCAGGUUCGGAGAAAGUUUCGAAAACCGGUGCCGAAGGAACGGUGCUAGAUGAGGCGAAAAAUAUCAACAAAUCGCUUUCGGCACUCGGAAAUGUCAUUUCGGCGCUAGCCGAUGACAAGAAGACGCAUAUUCCGUACCGUGACUCGAAGCUGACGCGAAUUCUACAGGAAUCGCUUGGUGGCAAUGCUCGUACAACCAUCAUGAUCUGCUGUUCGCCAGCAAGUUUCAACGAAGCGGAAACCAAAUCGACACUGGAGUUUGGACGGAGAGCGAAGACAGUUAAGAAUGUGGUUUGUGUGAAUGAAGAGCUCACGGCUGAAGAGUGGAAGCGCCGCUACGAACGGGAAAAGGAAAAGAAUGCUCGCUUGAAAGGUAAAAUAGAGAAGCUGGAAGUGGAACUGAUGAGAUGGCGCGCAGGUGAAACGGUGAACGUGGAGGAGCAGUUUGAUUUGCUGGAUAUUACGGAGGUUACUUUAUCGAACAUAGACGUUCUUCUGGAGAAACCGGAAACGGCAAACAAUCUUACAAUGGCUAGCGUUGACGAGCGUGCUUUUCUGGAAAAUGAAUGCGAGCGUCUCUAUCAACAGCUGGACGAUAAGGAUGAAGAGAUCAACCAGCAAUCUCAGCAUGUUGAGAAACUAAAAGAGCAGAUUAUAGAACAGGAAGAAGUGAUCACUAGCUCUAGACGUGACUAUGAAUAUUUGCAAAUGGAAGUAACUCGCAUUCAGGAAGAGAACGAGAACGCCAAGGCGGAAGUUAAGGAAGUCCUACAAGCUCUCGAAGAACUUGCUGUUAACUACGAUCAAAAGACACUGGAGAUCGACUUGAAAAACAAGGAAAUAGAUGCAUUAAACGGGGAAUUGGUACAGAGACAGAUUUUGUUGAAUAGCGCACAGUCAAAACUACAUCAGAUGGAAGACAUGUCAGCGCAUCAGAAGAAACGCAACAGUGAAAUAUUAAGUAGUUUACUGCGCGAUAUCUCUGAGGUUGGCCAGGCUUUAGCUGCCGAUCCGAAUGAGAUGAAACUAAACCUGGAAACUUCGUGCGAUAAACUAGAGGAAGAAUUUACUAUUGCACGGCUCUUCAUAAGCGAGAUAAAGGCGGAGGCAAAGAUUGUCUCCCAGCGGUGUUUGAAUUUAGAAAAAUUUCAACAGGAAGCUAAUCAGAAAAUCAACGAACACGAGAAGGAUCUCAGUGUUUGUAAAUUGCUAAUUUCCCAGUAUGAGGCCCGUAUAAAAUCGCUGCAGGAGACUAUACGAGAAGCAGAAAAUAAGAAGCGUGCUCUGGAAGAGAAUGUAGACGCUCUGCGUGGAGAAUGCGUCAAACUGAAGGCAGCUGAGGUGGUGUCCGCCGUGAAUGCGGAAGAAAAACAACAGGCUGCAUUCGAGAACCUGCGGGAAGCACACACCAAACAAGUUUCAGCAUUGCGUGACGAGAUCGCUGAGAAGCAGGGGCUCAUCAACGAACUGCAGGAUACCAACCAGAAACUAGCCCUUGCCCACCAACAGAUGACAACCGACUACGAGAAACUGCGACAGGGAGAGGCCGAAAAGACUACUAAACUGCAGGAACUUCUGCUGAGCCACGAACGCCGAGAGCAGGCUCGUAAGGAUUUCAAGGGGCUGGAAGAUACCGUGGCUAAAGAAUUGAAUACAUUGCACGCCCUGCGCAAGCUAUUUGUGCAAGACCUACAAGCUCGCAUGAAGCAAUCAAGCAGUUUGGAGGACUUUGAAGAUAACGGUGAAUCGUUGGCCCAGAAACAGAAGAACUAUUUCCUCGAGAACAAUUUGGAACAGCUAACAAAGAUGCACAAGCAGCUCGUGCGGGACAAUUCGGUUCUGCGCUGUGAGCUGCCAAAGCUGGAGAAGAGGCUCCGGACCACGAUGGAGCGCGUUAAGUUACUUGAAACGGCUCUUAAGGAUGCUAAGGAAGGUGCAAUGCAAGAUCGUAAACGCUACCAGUAUGAAAUGGAUCGCAUCAAGGAAGCCGUCCGGCAGAAAAGUUUGGCACGGCGUGGACCGCAGGCGCAAAUUGCCAAACCCAUUCGUGCUGGUCAGGGACAAACUCCGUUCAAGGCAGCAGCGGCCGGCAGUUCUCCAAGGUUAAUUGUGGAGGAUAGAUCCAUUCGAAGGGUGGCGCAAAGUUAA